UCGUGCGUCCCGAGACAUGGACUUGGAUGUUUAGAGCGUACAUCGAAUCGAAACGCAGACGAGAUACGGUGUGAAUCGAGAACGGUCAUGAGAGUGUGGCGAUUCGAUUGAACGAUUUCGAACGACUCGCGCGACGCACGGAGCGAAUCGCGGUCGUGAGUUUACCGGCGCGGCCGCUCGCGCGAGUGAGGGCGGCAGUAUCGUCUCAACCGUCGGAUUGUGCGGUCGCUUUUGCGGCGUAGUCUGUGAUUUUUAGUGUAGCUCCAGAUAAUCCAAGUUAAUCUACGAUGGCGGAUCAACUAACAGAGGAACAGAUCGCCGAGUUCAAGGAGGCGUUUUCACUGUUCGAUAAAGAUGGGGACGGCACCAUCACCACCAAGGAGCUGGGGACCGUGAUGAGGUCGCUGGGACAGAACCCCACGGAGGCCGAGCUCCAGGACAUGAUCAACGAGGUUGACGCUGAUGGUAACGGUACGAUAGACUUCCCCGAAUUCCUGACGAUGAUGGCGCGCAAGAUGAAGGACACGGACAGCGAGGAGGAGAUCCGCGAGGCGUUCCGCGUGUUCGACAAGGACGGCAACGGAUUCAUAUCCGCCGCGGAGCUGCGUCACGUGAUGACCAACCUCGGAGAGAAGCUCACCGACGAGGAGGUGGACGAGAUGAUCCGCGAGGCCGACAUCGACGGCGACGGCCAGGUCAAUUACGAGGAAUUCGUCACCAUGAUGACGUCGAAGUGAGCCGCCGGCUAGUGUGUGUGUAUAAAGCAGAGAGUUUCAAUAUACGUUUUGUUUCAUGACACACAAUAUGACCAUCGUAUUGGACCUGCAUUUCUCUAGUGUUUGCGAUAAAUUAAUAUUGUCAUCGUUUCAGUUUAAUGGUAUAUGGCGGGCAGCGCGCGCGCGCACCUAGCCCUGUUUAGACUUUAAAGUAUUCCGUUAAUUUUAUUAUGUAAGGAGAUAACUUGGAGUGUAGCGGUUCAGGGGCGGAACAGGGCGCUACCCACGAGUGAGCGUCGCCUGUGCGCGUCUGUGGCUCGCACCUUUCCGAUACAUUUUAAUGUAAAUUUUUUUCAAGUAUGAGAUAUUUAUAAAGUACGUGACGAUUAAAAAAUUUAAAAAUCCCAAAAAAAAUAAUAUAAUAUUAUAUAAUAUAACGUACCGUGUCCGCAGGCCGGCGAGCUGCGCCGCUGCAUGUGCACCAGAUCACAUGUAAUGUUUAAAUUGAACUAACUCAGUAAGCGAAGUAAUCUAGGCGUAUCGGUCCCGCACCGAUCGUAUCUGUAAAUGACUCGGUGAAUAUUAUAUUUCUAUUGUUGGCUCUGUUAUUCUCUAACGACAUUCGAUUCAUUCUGUUAUUAAAUUUUACAAAAGACAUACUGAAAAUAAAAUAAAUGUUUCUUCAUUUUUAGGUCAAUAAGCAUCGGUGUUUCAUUUUACCACCUUUCUGUUACUUUGCUUUAAGUUUGUACCCUCGUAGCCAUAGGUUUAUUUAAUUAAUCUUACUUGUAUAUGUUUAAAAUAAAUAAUAUAAUUAGUUUUAUCUCA